UCGAAGUCCUAUUUCGGAGCAGAUCAUUGAAAUUCCCCAUGUAAACCAAAAGACAAGCGAAGUGCGAAGGGAGACACCAGGAGUCUCGAAUCCAACCACACCCGCCGCCGGCGAUGGCUCCGUCCACCUACUCCGCCGCACCCGCCUCCUCAUCUGCCGCCCCGCUCGCGCCCCUCGUCGACGCGCAGCUCAACUUCCUCCUCUCCGACUCCACUCUCCCCGUCAAGCAGGUGGGUCAGAUCUGGUCCGGCUGCCGCAACCGCCGCUACGCCGACCGCUUCACCCUCGCCAUCCCCUUCUGCCUCGACUACGUCUACUGGGAUUUCAUGUACAAUGCGAUGUACCCGAAGGUGGCUCCUGAUGUGCUGUUCGGACCGGAUGAUGAGGGGUUCCAGCCGCUGGUCGAUUAUGACGACACCGGGAAUGGGGACAAGAGCUGCUUGGCACAAUGGGAUUUCCGCGACCCUCGGGGCCUCAUGUGUCUCGUAAAGGAGCUCCGGCUAUUAUACAUCGAAUACCAAAAGAAGCGGGUUGCCGAGGUGGAUGAUGCAAGACUGAAGUUUGAAUUAAGCACAGUUCUUGCUAAGGAGGGAAUUGAAGUCUGCAUGGUAUCCUUGACUGAUAGGCCAGAUGAGGUGAAAUUUGCUGUCCCGCUUCUGGAUUUAGACUUCACCAAACUGGUGCCUGGAUGCCCUUGGAAAUUUCCUCAAAAGAUCCAUCUGCAGGCCAUAUUUCCAGUUAGCAGAAGUUACCCUUCUGUUCCUCCUGCACCACGACUGAAACUAAUCUCAACCCCUGAUCUGAAAUCAUUUUUCUCAGUGGAUGGUUUCAAGCUCCCUACAUGGAUAGAUGGAAUGUGCAUGGCCGAGUAUAUUCCUCGUCUAGAAGAAAAUCUUCAAAUCCAGGUUGUGGAGGCAUCAGCUUCAAUUGGUUCAAGAAGACGUUUCAUUGAGGCCCUAGCUCCUACUUUUGGGAGACCAUUGGAGGCUGAUGCGAUCUUUUGCAGGAAAGCUACAGUCCUUUCCAUUUCAGGGAUUUUCACUUUUCUGGUUCACUUUGCGAUCCCCCUUCAAUUCCCAAAACAGCAACCUAUCCUGACGUUGCAGAGUUCUCAGCACUGUAAUUCCCAAGGGAUACCUAUUACAUCACAUCCUAUAAAUGACUAUCCCUGGAGCCCUAGAUGGGAUCCGACAGAAAUGGUUGAACGUAUCUACGACUUCCUGGUUGACGAAUGCCAGAAUUUCAAGAAGCUCUGCAGUGAUGGUUGCUCUCAGACGAGAUAGCCAAUGCGGGCAGCAUCUCUACCCAUGUGGCUUGCGUGCUCUGUUUGUAACAUGCAGGCCUCAAAUAUGUACGCGACAUGCAAUGCUCUGAUUGUAACCUGUAGUCCUCAACUUUUGUGCGACAAGCGAGGAGCAAGGAAGCUGCCUGAUCAGUCAGUAGAACCCAUAGGGUGGGAGUGCUUCUAUUUGGCAAGUAAAUCAUGUACAAUACACCGAAGCAAAGCAGCAUCGUUGGGUCAUUACACCCAUGCUGCCAGUGGUGGUUUGGGGGAUAAUUAGCAAUCCAGUUCUCCCUGUCUUGUAGAGUAGCUUGUAUAUAUGGAUAAUGGUCGUUGAAUUAUCUUUCUAAAUUGGGAAGUUUGCUGCAGGUGAACCAUGUUUGCUGAUAUCUAUGACAUUAUGAGUGUGAAAUCGAAAGAUCUCAAGUACUUGUCUGCAUAAAAAUCAAUGCUCCAUUGCCCGUCAUGAUGAACAA